AUGCGUCGUGGGCUUGCUUCCUCCAUCUCCCUCCGCUCCAGCGCGAUUGCCAGGGGUGGUGUGAGCGUUUUGCCGCGUAUGGCCGCUUCUUCACCCCUUCACAGCACCACUUCCACCUGCCUUUGCGCCAGAUGCGCUACUGCCACCACUCUGCCCCAGCGAUCAAUCAGCACAGAUGACAAGCUCAAGGAUGAAAUGCUUCGUAUGAGGGAGUCCUACAACGACUUGAUCAACGGCAACAAAGAAUGGGUUGCGCAACAGCUGGAGAAGGACCCUGACCUGUUCAAGCGCUUGUCUGCCGGCCAGAGCCCGCAAGUCCUCUGGAUCGGCUGCUCGGACUCGCGCGUCCCUGCCAACGUCAUCACCGGAAGCGACCCGGGCUCCAUCUUUGUGCACAGAAACAUUGCCAACACGGUCGUGCACACUGACAUGAACCUUCUCUCGGUGCUGCAGUACGCCGUGGAUGUUCUCCAGGUCAAGCACGUCAUCGUGUGUGGGCACUAUGGCUGUGGAGGUGUUAUUGCCUCCAUGACCAACAAUCAGUUUGGUAUGGUGGAUAACUGGCUGAGGAACCUCAAGGACGAAUACAUGCUCCACAGAGAGGAGCUGGAGAGCAUUCCUAAUGACGCGGACAGGGCCAAGAGGAUGACCGAGCUUCACGUCAUUGAAGGAGUGUACAACGUGUGCCGCACCUCGAUCAUUAAGGACGCGUGGGAGAGGAGGAAGAGCGCGAACGUUUUCCCCCAUGUCCACGGCUGGGUCUACGGCAUUCACGACGGCUUUGUCCGAGACCUCAACGUGAGUGUGCGCGGACCCGACGAUGUCCCCCUUCUCGUGCGCAAGCCCGUCAACCCCAGCAAGUGCUGA